AUGUCGAGUGAUAAAGAUACAAAGUCGUUCAAAUGGAUCGAUGAGUUCAAUAUACCGUUUGGUGCGAAUGACAGAGUCGUCAGGUAUAGACAUCGUACAGCGCACACUACACUCAUACUUCAUCACUCAUCUGGACCAAAGGUCAAUGCGUCAAUAGUCGUGCCAACAGAGGCACACAACAACAAGGGUCUGCCACAUACACUCGAGCAUUUGGUGUUUGAGGGCUGCGAUCAGGUGCCCUACCGCGAGUACAUCGAGGUGUUGGCGCAUCGCUGCUUCUCGGCCCCGUCCAACGCGUACACCUCAGAGGACCACACGUGCUACUCGAUCGAGUCGGUCGGCCCCGACGGCCUGCUCAGCUACCUGCCUCAACUGCUGCGCUUCGUCAUGGCGCCCACACUCAAGACGUCGGACUUUGUCACAGAGAUCUAUCAUGUGGACGGCCGCGGCGCCGAGCAGGGCGUGGUCAUGUGCGAGAUGCAAGCGCGCGAGAACACACUCGAGGAGCUACAGGAGUGGAACCUGGUCCAGCUGCUCUACCCAGGCACGCCCUAUGCAAACUCAUACGGCGGGCUCACUCGCGAGAUUGCCAAGCUCACCAACGAAGACAUUAGACAAUAUCAUGGACUCUACUACCAUCCCGAGAACGUCACAAUCGUCGUACAGGGCUGCAUCGAUGAGGCACGUCUACUCGCCGUUCUCGACGACACUGAGUUUGUUAGAAGUCCAUUCGCGGUCGCGACGACCAAUGGCGCGACAACGCCAUCAUCACCGCACACAGUAACAAUACCUUGGCUACAGGCGAUACCACCUUUGGAGCAAUCGGUAACAAAGACAGUGAACUUCCCAACAGAGGACGAGUCGGUGGGUCAGGUGGCCAUUGCAUGGCGCGGACCAACCAUCUUCGACACGACAACACUGGCAGCGCUGUCCGUGCUGAUACGAUACUUGAAUGGCAACAGCUCGUCUGCGCUGCCGCAGCGAUUCACUCAUGGAAGCUGUCAUCUGGCCAGCAACAUUGCGUUCACUAUCCAAGAGAUCAAAGAAUCAAAGAUCGUGUUGGAGUUUGCUGGUGUCAAUGUCAAGCAAGAUGAUGACGAAUCUGGAAAGGAUGGCGGCGAUGAUGACGAGGAUGCUGAUGGCGACGACGAGGACGACGAAGAGGACGACGAUGGCGAAGACGACAAUGGAGAAGAAGAGGAUGGCAAGGACAACAUUGCAAAAACUAGCGAUGGACAGGUGAUUGAGGAUGUAGACGAGGGCGACCCAAACUUGCUCAAUCCUGGUUCAAUGUACAAUAGAGUGAUCGAGUUGUUUGAGGAGAUAAAGAAGAAUGGACUGGACAGCGAGGCGAUGCAAUUCACAAUCGAGAAGGAGUAUAUCAAGAUAUUGGAAGGCUACGAGGAGGACCCGCUCGGCUUUGUAUUUGGAACAUUGCUAUGCGACAUUGUCUUCCCGCCCAAGAACGCGACCACGGCUGCCGAAGCACUAGCGCAAUUCAAGGAUAUACGCACCAGGUUCGAGUUCUUGCAGACGUUGGACGUACUCAAGCUCAAGGACCGCCAGUACUGGGUCGACCUGCUGGACACCUGGUUCAUUGGACGUCCCUACGUCGAGAUACUGAUGGUGCCUUCGACCGCGCUGGCCAAAGAGCAGUCUGAGGCAUCGUUGGCACGCACGAGUGAGCGUUGUGAGCAGCUGGGCAAGGAGGCGCUGGAGCAGCUCGACCGCGAUCUGAAAAAGGCCAUUGAGGACAACAAGUCAUUCCCAGAGUCGUUCAAGUCUCAGCUUCCCGCCAUCCCAGACAUCAAGCGUAUUCCAUUCGUUGAGUCACCCAUCAGGUCAUUCGCGUCUGGCGCCGAGGGCAACCCAACGAGCUUCAACGUGCAAGACAUCACCAUCCCCACACAGUUCAUCCAGUCGACGAUGUUCUUUUAUAUACGCGACCUGCCCGCUGAGCUCAAACCCUACUUGACCAUCUUCAACAACCUGCUGUUUGAGGCUGAUGUACGUCUGGCGGCCACUGGCGAGAUUGUCCCAUUCAAAGAGGUAGCGAUGGCCACAUCACGCGAGGUCGUAUCCCUGGACGCCGGUCUGGGCGUUUCUGGCUCAUCAUUCUCCUGCUCCAACGACGAGCUGUAUCGCGUGGCUGGAAGCUGCACAGUCGACAAGUUCAGUCGCCUGGUGCACUGGAUCACGCACGGCCUGUUCAACUUUGUUCCCACACAGAGGCGACUGCUCAACAUCGUCACCAACCUGUCCAAGGGCCUCAAGGAGAUCAGUAAUGACAGUGGAUCCGUGUGCAACGCCUACAGUGGCCAUCUGCUCGUGCGCAACAGACCCAAGUCCAACGAGUCGUCCAUCUCAAUAUUCCAACAAAAGUCCUUCCUGCAGGGCGUGCACCGUCAACUCAAACAAGGCGACAUCACAACGACAGUCACCGCACUACACUCAAUCCGCGACUAUAUGCUAUGUAACAACGAGCGCAUAUUUGUCCAAGUAGGUCACAACGAGCAAGUUGAUGGCGAUCAACUGCUCUCUGAGCUCUCCUCAGCAUGGGACGACAUGCUGUCCAAGUCUGGCAUCACCCCUGACAGGAAACGCAAGAGGCCAACAGAGUCACCUGCGUCCACCGACUCGACCACAACCACAAGCCCAGCAACCGCGACCCCGGCGACAACAACCAAGAUGCCCUACUUCUCUCCACUGGAGCGUGGCGAGUCUGGAAUCAUUGACGGCGUGCUGCCAGUGCGCCAUGCGAUAUCGAUCAAUGGAGCAGAGUCCAACAAUCUGGUACAAUGCGUCCGUCUGCCACUGACACGCCGUCAUCCAGACUUCCCUGCAGUCAGUGUGCUGUGCGAUAUCUUCAUGUCGGGCGAGGGAGAGAUUCGAAGCAAGGGCUACGCCUAUGGCUUCUUCCUCAAUCACGACCUACUCAAGAAGGUUCUAUGGUUCACAUUGAGCGACAGUAUCUCACCAGUACAAGCACUCCAAGUGUUCCACAACUAUCUUCGCGAUCUUCCCACCUCUAGCAAACUGACACAGUUCGAGGUCGACACAGCCAUCUCCAGUGCCGUCUACGACUUUUUCAACUGUCGUUGUACCGCAUCAGAGUUGGCAUUCGGUGCAUACAUAUCAUUGUUCAGGGGCAACUCUGGUCAUAUCAAGGAUGAGACAGCAGUGUUGGAUAGAAUAACAAAGGUUGAUAAGAGCAUGGUGAUGGAGGUGUAUGAGAAGUACUUCAAGACAUUCCUUGACCAAGACCAACAGUUCUUGGUUAUGACCGUCAACCCAUCAUCUCAACAGUCAAUCCAGAAUCAGAUGCUCGAGUGUACCGACCUUCAGAUUGAGUUUGCGCAGCUUGAACUGAAGAGUCUGUUUGAGUAG